AUGCUGUCUCCUGCAUCCACAUCUCCUCCUUCCUGCCUCUCAUCCUCGCCUUGUUAUUCAGCCCGCUCUCUUCUCCUCCUCCUCCUCCAUUCUGAUGUCACGAUGGAACCGUGAAGCGCGCGACUGCAACUUGUGCAUGUCCAAAAAAGAGGUGCGAGAAUAAAAACAAAAGCGGGGUCACAUGCUCGAUGAGGAGUUGAAGGAGAAGAAGAAAAAGAAGAAAAGGAGGAGGAGGGGGGUGUUGGAAAAACACGCUCACGGGUUGCCGCUGCUGGUUCUUCCACUGUGAGUGCCUUCACCCUGAGCCGAGCAACAGCAUGGAUCUCUCCUUCAUGGCCGCGCAGAUCCCAGUUAUGACGGGAGCCUUCAUGGACUCGUCACCCAACGACGACUACAGUGGCGAGCACUCGCUUUUCAACUCGUCGGCCAGCGUCCACGCCGCUGCCUCGGCUGCCUCCGUGCAAGGCCAGCAGGACGAAUCUCAGUCCAUGUCCAGCGAUGCCAUCUGGCUUUGGAUCGCCAUCGUCGCCACUAUUGGGAACAUUGUGGUAGUGGGUGUGGUCUACGCCUGCACUUUCUGAUGAAUCGUAUGCUUCCGUGCAAAGACUAAAUUCUUAGAGAACCUUUAAACAUCAUCAGAGUGGAAGACUCUUUUUGUUAGAUUCUAAGAUUCUCUUAGAAACAGGACACCUGUCCGCCAAGAAUCACUAGAACUUUAAUUCCUCCUAAGAUUGUUUCCAUGUUUCCCCUUAGAACAGAAGACACUCUCACUUGCCAUGCAGACAUGGAGAUGCGAAUGGAGGUUAAAUGGGGCUUGAGAUUCGGGUUGAUCCGGGGCCAUCGCAAGCCUCUGUUGCCGCAAAGCAAUUUAGGGCAGCGCUGUUUAAUUAUGCCUCUGAACAUGGAUGGUGAAUGUUAAAAAAUUUAGAAGGCUGGGAUUUUUUCAUGUCAGGCAACCCUGAGGCCCAACACCAUUAAGGCUCAUAUAAGGAUACUUUGCGGAUCAAACAUGGACAUACAAGAAGUGAACAUUUUAACAUCAUUGAACUCGCAUGACUAUCACAUCAUCAAGGCCUGAAUUUAACAAUGCACUAAUUCAAUUAGCGCCGCAUUUUCAUCUCAUCUCCAUUACUGAACAUUAUUAACCAUGCAUUAUCUUUGACAGGGUUUUGUCAAUGUGACCUUCAAUACUGGACCUUCCUUCACCCAUUCUUUGCAGAAAUCUGACAAUCUGCUCGCUGUGACCUUGAAGUGUUUAUCAACAUUCAUUAUAACCAACAAGCUUCUACCUGCUUUGAAAUGAUUAUAAUAUUAUCAUACAAUGAUUAUUCAGCCAGUGGCCAGAAUAUUAGUUAGAAUAAUAAUGCCUAUAGAGGUGCCGAUUUAAAUGUGGCUAAAAACUGGUUAACUUGGCUACAACGACCUCAAACAUCCAGUAUAAUAAACAGAAUUGCUUCAUGAAGAUACAGUUCUUGCUUGUAUUGUAUCUCAUUAUUGUUGUCAGUGACAAAUAGGGAUGUGCAUUGGACAAAUUAAGUAUCAAUCAAUUAAUUAUCAAUCAAUUAAUUCUCAUUUUAAUUUUUUAUAUGACAGAAAAUAUUAAGAAAUCUUUUUGGACAAAGACUAUUAUUAUAAACAACUCUUUUUAACAAAACUAUUCAAUAGUUUUGUAAGUAGAUGAGAUUAAUCAACAGCGCCUCUGCUGUUUGCAGCCAAGUACUGCACUCAAUUCAUCAAGAAUUAAUUGAAAAUUAUGUCUAUCCCGAGGGAAAAUAUAUUAACAGAUGUCAAAGUAACGGUAGAUUACGGCACAAAACAUGUAUUCUCAUUCUCAUUUGGUAGUACUCAGGAUUAAAUAUAUAUAUAUUAUAUUGAAGAUAUAUACAUAUAAUACAUUGUACAAAUAAAACCAAAGAUGAGAUUAAAUGUAAUUCCAAGUAAAUGUUCCUUUGUUGAAAUCUAUAUCAACUCACUUCACAAGGGCGGCCAGCCAAUGACCUAAAAAAUGGUGGUACAACCAUCGCUUAUGUCUUCGCUUUAUAGUUUUCAUAAAUAUAUUCAUUCAUAAAUCCUGCUGUUUUGUGGUUGAAUAUGGCCUCCUAUUAGUCACUAGCUCUAUUAGGUAUUAGUCAAUUAAAUCCUUUCAAGGAUACAUAUAUAAGGCAUUCAGAGACAUUCAAAGACAUCGGGAUGAUAGGCAAUAUUAUACACUGGUCACUAGGUGUCAAUAAUAUUGCUGUAAUAUUCAGUGAGACACACAAGCACCAGACUUGAUUGAGGUUAAAAUUUUCUUACAAAAGCAUGAUAAUCCCUAACACGGGCUACAGUUGCGGCUAUAACUUUGGUCAACGCGACUCAUGGCGUCACUUCCUGUCCGCACCACUGGAACAUACUUAGAGCAACACACAAGUCUUAUAUAAAUUUUGUGUUUUUAUGUUGACUAUAUUUUGUAAUAGGAGUGUAAAGAUGACUGCAGGGGUGUUAUUUCAUAUCUGGACGGUUGUAAUAAUUUUAAAAAUAUAUAUAUAUUGAAAAGGUCGUAAACAGGCCUUCUAUGAUCUAACCACAAAAAUAUUAAAAAAAGAUAUAAAAAAGAAAUCCUACUUCGCGGAAGUUCAAUCAUCAUGGUCAUGUCUGGAACCAAUUAAACACUAGUAGUAUUUUUUGAGUUGAACAUAAAAACAUUGUUUUGGACCAUUUUUUCUAUUGUUUUUCUAUUAAUUAAUAUAAGUUAAAAAAAAAAGGGAAAAAUUAUUUCAGCUCUUUUGUUGCAGAGUGAAUUAAUUAUUGCUGAGCUGUACUUCAUCGUCCACCAUCUCAAAUUUAAUCCUACUGAUUUAAGUACAGCAAAAUAAGUUCUUUGUUCUCUUACAUUGACACACAAAAACCAACUCUACUCCAUUCAAAUGAAUAUAAAAUCUUCGAUUGUUUACAUAUUGUUGUAUGUGCUUUUUAAACAGUCAUUGUAUCAACUGGAUUUUAUUUUGUUCUCCAAAAUGUGAACUUGAAGUGACCACAAAUAGUUUUGCGUACUAUAUUCGCGUUGCUUUCUUCACCUCGUGAUAAGAUUCUUCAAAUAAUCAUCGGUCAAAUGUUUAAUUAGUCAAACAUAUAACGCAACUUACAAUUGUGACUGUAUCCUAGACACAAGAUGAUGUAAGUAUCUUAACGAGUGUAAUAAAUAUGCGUAAUAAGUACUCCUAGGAGUUUUCAGGCCUGCUUUUUAAUAACUGGUUGAUGUAUAGAACUACUUAGAAAUGUUGUAAACCACUUAUACACAAUACUCCUUUUGUAAAGAUGUACGCUUUUAGAAUCAAUGCUGUAAUGUACAUUGUAUACUGUAAAUAUGGAUAUGGGAGCAUAAGAUGCAAAAACAGGUGAGAAGUUGUUUCAGUUCUUUUUUUUUUUUUUUUGUUUUACCUGGUGGAGGCGCCGCACUGCAGAGGCAUCUCACUCGAGAUUGAUGCGAAGGUCCGAUGUCACUGUCUGUCAUUUUGACACAAAGUGUUUGGAAACCGACCGUAUUUGUGUGUGUGUUCUGCCGAAGCUUAACUUUCUUUUAUUGUUUGUUUUGAUUUUAAAAACAAAUGAUGAUUUACUGAAAGUUUUCAGCGGUAAAGCAAUGCAACAUUAUCUUGUGUAUUUGCAGUAAAAGAAAAGCUGU